AUUAUUUUUUUAUAUAUUUAACUGCCUAAAAAGGCGAUUAUUAAAUUGUUGUAAUUGUGUAAAAUCUUAUAGACAUUUAUGGUAAAAUGUCUGGCGCUUUUUUUAUCGAGCUUCAUAAAAGCUUCAUCUAACAUCCACAAGAACACAUUACCUUCAUCUGAUUACUUUCAAAUCAUUUACACACACACACACACACACACACACACAGCUACUGACCUCUGGGUUGUGAUUUGGUCAGAAAGUGUUGAUUAAUUAUGUACAACAGCAGCUUUAUAUCAAAGCGCUCGUUUCUAUAGUAAGAGCACGUGCACAUUUCCUGUGUGUGUGUGUGUGUGUGUGUGUGUAAGGAGUCUCCAGUGUCAGUGCUGUGUAUCAGUCAGAGGUAAAGCUAGAACAUUAAGAUGUCAGACAUUAUAAACACUCGGGGUUAGUCCAGUUAGAGGAAAAUAAUCAGCAGUGUGUAACAGUGACAUGACCGCUGUGUCUGAUCUCUCCUGGUGUUUAUUACCUGAGCACGUGCAGUGUGACGUGUGAGGUCAAGAGAAAGACGGUACACACGUGAAGCUGGGGCAGUUUCUUUAUGGAGCUCUCGUCCUUUUAUUAGACAGCAUGUUGAAGCCGAUAAAGACAAAGCUGCUUCUUUAUCACACACUCCACCCUGACACACACACACACACACACACACACUCUUCAGCCUUUAUUAACCUCCAACACGGAAGCUUUUUCCCCAAACACACACGCACGCUCACGUGUGAAUGGUCUCUCUGUCUCUCAGGUGAAGAUUUUUCAGGCUUUUGCUCUCUGAUUUAUGAAAAGCCUCACAGUGUGUGUGAAUGCAGAAGUGUGUGGCUGUACUCGGAGGAGGGAUCGGCGGUCUCUCAGCCUGCUAUUACCUCAGCAAGAGCACUCAUGUCUCUAAGGUGGUGCUGUUGGAGGCGACGGGGAGGUUCGGAGGCUGGAUAAACACUACUCGUAGGGAGGAUGGAGCUGUAUUUGAACACGGCCCCAGAGGAGUCCGGCCGGCCGGAGCAGUGGGCAGAAACACACUAAACAUGCUGUCUGAUUUGGGUCUGGAGUGUGAGAUUCUGCCGGUUCCUCAUGAUCACGUGGCCUCCAAGAACCGGUUCCUUUAUAUGAAUGGAGAGAUACACAAACUGCCCUCCAGCCUCAGUGGAGUGGUGAAAACUGUGCCUCCGUUUUCCAGUCCCAUCAUCCUCAGCGUGAUGAAGGAGAUCCUGGUGAGGAAGGGGAAGGAGGAGGACGAGUCUGUUCACUCGUUCAUGUCCAGGAGGUUCGGCUCUGAGUUAGCAGACAUAGCGAUGGACUGUCUGUGUCGUGGUGUGUUUGCGGGGGACAGCAGGAAGCUGAGUGUGCGCUCGUGUUUCCUGCCGCUGCACAGAGCUGAACAGGACUGGGGCUCGGUCCUGCUGGGCCUGCUGCUCUCAGGAGGAGGAGGAGGAGAGAAGGCGGGUGCAGGCAGUAUGUCAGCGCUGGCACGGCGGGCGAGGGCGGAGUCAUGGUCUCAGUGGUCUCUGACAGACGGGAUGCAGACCCUCCCUGAUGCCCUGCAGGAGGCGCUCAGGGGGCGUGAGCGGGUAGAGCUCCAUCACAGCACCCCUGUCAGGACACUGACCCACACUGCGGGCGGCUGGGAGAUUAAACUGGAGAAUGGAGCAACCUUAAACGCUGACCAUGUGAUUUCUGCUCUACCUGCCUCAGUGUUGGCCUCGUUACUGCCCCCUGCUGCUGCACCACUGUCACAUCUGCUGUGUGAGAUAAACACUGUGAGCGUCGGGCUGGUCAACCUGGAGUAUGAGGGAUCUGUGUUACCUGUAACGGGUUUUGGACAUUUGAUCCCUUCCUCUGUGGAUAAAAGUGUGUUAGGGGUGGUGUAUGACUCGGUUCCGUUUCCACAACACAACCGGAGAGGAGAACCCACAACCAGAAUGACAGUGAUGAUGGGAGGUGCUUGGUUUGAGGAGACAUUAGGUCCUCCAGAUGAGGUGAAGGAUCAGGUGCUGUUGGAUGGAGCGCUCCAGGCCGUGAGGUCACACCUGAACAUUACAUCAUCACCUGUGUGGAGUAGAGCUGCUGUGCUGAAGAACUGCAUUCCACAGUAUCACCUGGGACACUGGAAACGACUAGAGGCAAUGAGGCAGUAUAUCAGCGAUCAUGCUCUUCCUCUCACGCUGACCGGAGCCUCGUUCAACGGCGUCUCUGUUAACGAUGUCAUAUUUAGUGGACGCACGGCCGCAGAGGGGCUCCUGGGGAAACUCUGACCUGUAGUGUGGUGAUUAAUAAGAUGUAUCUCAGUAACACUGUAGAACCUGCAGAGAAGCUUCAUAUCUGACCUGUCUGAGUCCUUCAGCUAUUUUUACACGUGAAAUUGUAUUUAAUAAAGUUUUAUAACUGAAGAGAAGGAUGUG